AUCCCGGAGUCGCCUCUUCACUGUUGACGUUGACUCUGUACGCCUAUGUAAAUACGCCAUAAAAAAUCUGCCGUUUCCAGCUACAAUAGUAAUUUACAACAUUAACAAUGUCUACACUCUAUUUCUGAUCAAUUUUGUUAUUUUCAUAGACAAAAAUGUGCUUUUCUUUCAAAGACAAGGACAUUUUCUAUGUGACCCCAAACUUUUGAACGGUACUGUGUAUGUGUGUCUGUCUGUCUGAGACGUUUAUGCGUGGGUUUGACUCCAAAUAACCUAGCCCAAUAAAACAUUGGUAACAUCUCUUCAAAUAGAAUGAAGAAACUGAGUUGGAAAAGAAUGGUUAUACUCCUAGUUAUUUGAUAAAAAUUACAUUUUUGGUGAAAGAGAUGCAGAAACUAGCAUUAACCAAGCAAACCAAAAUGAUGUGUACCCCCACCACACAUCUGCUGUUCUGAUUGAGUGCUAUGGGCAAAAUAGAGAAGCAAGACCUAUCAGGUGUGAUUGACACCUGAGAGUGCGUCAGGGCUUUUAUCCGCAGGCAUGAAUGUGUUAUUCUGACACAAGAUGGAUGGUGGACUCAUUUGUCGGUCUUCACUGAUAUACUGUAUUUCACUCUUUUUUAUGGUGUGGUGCUCCACCUGUCUACCUUGGUCUGUGAAUCAUUCUGCAUCUCCUCUCAUCCACCACCACCUCACUGUCAACCAUCUUGACCUGCACACACUCCAAACCAGCUCAACAGAAGGUUCUGGAAGGUUAUGUGGGCUUUGCCAAUCUCCCAAACCAAGUGUACAGAAAGUCUGUCAAGAGAGGCUUCGAGUUCACUCUCAUGGUUGUGGGUGAAUCUGGUUUGGGGAAGUCUACACUGAUCAAUUCCCUCUUCCUGACAGACUUGUAUUCUCCUGAAUACCCUGGUCCCUCCCACAGAAUCAAGAAGACUGUACAGGUGGAGCAGUCUAAGGUGCUGGUAAAGGAAGGAGGAGUUCAGCUUCUUCUCACCAUCGUUGACACGCCAGGGUUCGGAGACGCUGUCGACAACAGUAACUGCUGGCAGCCAGUCAUUGAUCACAUCGACAGUAAGUUUGAGGAUUACCUCAACUCAGAGUCCCGGGUCAAUAGACGGCAAAUGCCUGACAACAGAGUGCACUGCUGCCUCUACUUCAUCACCCCCUCAGGACAUGGGUUGAAGCCUCUUGAUAUAGAGUUCAUGAAGCGGUUACAUGAAAAAGUGAACAUCAUCCCCCUCAUCGCCAAAGCGGACACAAUGACUCCUGAGGAGUGCCAACAGUUCAAGAAGCAGAUCAUGCGAGAAAUCACAGAGCACAAAAUCAAGAUCUACGAGUUCCCAGAAACUGACGAUGAGGAGGAGAACAAGAUAGUCAAGAAGAUCAAGGAUCGCUUACCCCUGGCUGUUGUUGGUAGCAACACCAUCAUCGUGGUCAAUGAGAAGCGGGUGCGAGGGAGGCAGUACCCCUGGGGUGUGGCGGAAGUGGAGAAUGGAGAGCACUGUGACUUCACCAUCCUGAGGAACAUGCUCAUCAGAACUCACAUGCAGGACCUGAAAGACGUGACCAACAAUGUCCACUAUGAGAACUACCGCAGCAGGAAGCUAGCAGCCGUCACAUACAACGGAGUGGACAGCAACAAGAACAAGGGACCAAUGACCAAAUUUGACACAAAUGAAGGCAUGAGUCCAUUGGCCCAGAUGGAGGAGGAGAGGAGGGAGCAUGUGGCCAAGAUGAUGAAGAUGGAGAUGGAAAUGGAACAGGUGUUUGAGAUGAAGGUCAAGGAGAAGAUCCAGAAGCUCAAAGACUCUGAGCAAGAGCUCCAGCGGCGCCACGAGCAGAUGAAGAAGAACCUGGAGGCCCAGCACAAGGAGCUGGAGGAGAAGAGACGCCAGCUGGAGGAUGAGAAGAACAACUGGGAGGCACAGCAGAGGGUGCUGGAGCAACAGAAACUAGACUCCUCCAGGACCUUGGAAAAGAACAAAAAAAAGAAGAUAUUUUAAAAGUAUUGCAGGAGGACCACCAUGUAACAAUGUACUAGUUGCCAAUUUACCAGCCUGGACCGUCAGUUUGCCUGUCGACCAACAACCUGUUACUGAUACUGUAUGUGUGACGGAGCAGCGUGGUCUGUCUGGGGGAAGUUGGGUCUAACUGGGGGACAGAGGGAGAGAGGCUCCUCCAUUAAACUCAAACUCACUUUCAGACAGACUCAGUCCUGGAACAUGCUAUAUCACUGUACUAUUUCUCCUUUUAUCCCUCUUUUUUAUGGAUAUAUGUAUUUUCUUCCUGAAGUGGGCACAUUAGAUGGUUGUACAAUCAUGUUUUGUGUUUCACAGUGUGACACACAGAAAAAGGAUUUUAGGAAGGAUUUUUUCUCACUUUAAACCCCAGAAUGCCACAACUGUUUUUCUUUCACUUUCUUAUUCUCUUUCUAGUUAGAUGGCCUUGGAGACGGACUGCACUGCUAUGUUGUAGUGUUCUAUUUAACGCCAAAUGACCAAACGGCAGAGUAGGAAGCUACUCACCUCAAGCUACACACCUCAGGCGUUUUGUUUUGUAACGUUUUUGUUAGUUAGUUGUCCCUUUUAUUUUUGUAAUCCUGAUCCCAAAAUGAUAUGCUCUUCCAUCCCUUGCCAUUUAAAUGAUCUAGCCAUGGACGGCGUGUUAGAACAUUUCAUUUAUUAUUAUUGUCUGUUUAAAAUGUUUGGUUCUCUUUAUAUUGGCCCUGCUACAGUAAUCAUUUGUUCAUUAUUCGUUUCAUGUUUGUUUGCAGGCGUUUUCCAGUCUGGUCUUGGGGGUCUACUGUGCACACUGGAUUUCACUCCAGCUGACACAUAGUAGGCCCCCUUGACCACGGCUAGAGAACCCUGUUUUAGAAGAUGGUGGGGGAGGAAUGCUUGGUUGUUGACUCAACCCGUUAACACAACCCUAUUGUUGUUUACUUACAAUUUCGAAUAUCUGUAAAUAAACAAGUUUAUAUUGACUGUAAUAAACAACUGUGGGGUUCCCUUCCCAAACAUCACAUUUAACUGUGUUCAUGUACUGCAUCUCUAUUUUUAUUUGUCUUUUGCUUUGUUUUUAUAGUCCCGUAAUAAACUUGUGAUACAACCCA